AUAUAACGCACCAUGUUUCUAAGAAUUAUCUGCAAUAGUUUUUGACUAAUGUCAAUUUAUUUGUCAAAAUAGCGUCGUGCAUAGACCCACUGAAAAAUUCAUAACUUCAGAACCAUUCAUUGAAGAUAAGGUAUCCAACUCUUUUUCCAGUCGAUUCCUCAAGUUUUAACGCAUCUUUUGAGAUAAAGGCGAACUCUGAGUUUUUGUUCUAUUGCCUACUACAAUUUUUAAAAAAUUACAAAUUACAAAUUACAAGUAGCAAUAAUUUGACAUUUUCAAAUACAACACCCCUAUAUUUUAAUCCAUCGUUGCGUAGCCUUUUUAAUUUUUGCCAAUGUAGAGUUUGUGGGAUCUACUUUAGAAAAUUUGUAGCAAAAUAAAAAAUGUUGAUUAUUUUUUUCAAAAAAAUUAACAUAAGUCAAAAACUAUUGCAAAUCAUUCUAAAAAAAUAUGGGUGCGUUAUAUAGACUAUUUAGUGGCAAAUUCAAAAAUGUAACAAAUAUUCGAAGUUUUUAUUAAAAAAAAAAACAGAGCUUAGUUGUUUAUCUAAUUUUGGGACAUCCUGUAUUAAAUAAAAAUAUUUUUAAAAUGUGCUUUAUAACAAAACCUACUGUUUAAAAAAAAACAAGUCAAUAGCUUGGAUAGAAAAAAAGUUAUGAAGCUUGCACGUAUUCCUGGGUCACUCUGUAUUUUUUUGUACAAGCUUAGUUCGAUUCUUUUUCUUCGACUUGAAUGUUUUACACACUAACUCACACUACAGUUUUUUACAAUAAUGCAAAAUAACUGAGAAAAUUGAUUUCAAAAUGUGCAACGUAACCAAAAAAGUUGUCAGAUUAUAUUUAAAAAAUUUAGAACACAAGAUAAUACAACGCAUUAUUGUAUGUAUUGAUCACACCUCGUACAUUUUCAAGUUCUACAACAGAACGAAAAGCGAUUUUUUCCUGGUUAUUGUAAAAACUGUCACUUUUUUUAACUCGUACAACUUAGUUUUUUAAUCGUGAAAGAAAUAUUGCAUUCAUGAAACACUGGUGCCAAAAUCACGAGCAAGUAAUGAUGCAAUGUAAAUAUUUUGUCGACCAAUCAGUACGAACUAUCGCAAUUAGUGAGCGUCUGGUAUGUUUUCAAAUGACACAAUUAUCUUCUACACCUUAUCAAUUCAAUCAAUUCAGUAAUCAAAUCUGACGCAAUUCGCCUCUUUAUCCUGUACUAGCGACCCCUUUAGAUGAUAACACACUUUUUCCUUUAAAUUUUUGACAAAUUCAGUACCUAAACUAAAAAUUUGAUUUUAUUAAUGUAUGUCAUUGCUGUUCGAAUCUAAUUAUUCUCUAUCAUUCCGACCGGUUGCACCUGACCCUGCAAGAAAGUGGCAGGAAAUUUGCACUUGUUAAUACCUACCUAUAGAUUAGAGGAAGAUUUCUUGAUAAAAUAAAUAUCUUCAAAAUCAAUUGCCAAACCACGAUUACUUACUUACGUGCGAUCGAAAUGGCUUGCGGUACGAAAAUACAGAAAAUGAGGCGACUUGUUAGUGCCCUUACUAGGAAAAAAACUUUGGAUAAUUCGGGUGGCAGUGAACUUGCCCGAGUCCUGUCCUUACUCGACUUGUCGGCACUUGGUGUUGGCUCCACUUUGGGUUUAGGAGUUUAUGUUUUAGCAGGAUCUGUGGCGAGGAAGAUUGCAGGACCUGCUGUGUGCAUUUCCUUCCUCAUUGCAGCCGUAGCGUCAGGUGUUGCAGGACUGUGUUAUGCAGAAUUCGCCGCUCGAGUCCCCAAGGCAGGUUCUGCGUACGUUUACAGUUACGUAUCUGUGGGUGAAGUUGUCGCAUAUGUAAUUGGAUGGAAUUUAAUCUUGGAAUAUGCUAUAGGAACCGCAAGUGUGGCUAGAGGUCUAAGCGGUUACAUUGACGCUCUUGCCAACCAAGAUAUAAAGAAUUUUAUGGAAAGCUGGGCUAAAAUGGACGUAAGCUUUUUGGCUUCGUAUCCCGACUUUUUAGCGUUUGGAUUCGUUGUUCUUCUUACAGCUUUACUUUCCAUUGGUGUGAAAGAAUCCUCGCGACUCAACAACAUUUUCACUGGUCUAAACUUAAUCACUGUAGGCAUUGUAAUUGUUUCCGGGGCCAUCAAAGCCGAUUCAGCCAACUGGAACAAAAAAGUAGAAGACAUACCAGAACAAUUCAGAAAUCAUUCAGGAACCGGCGGUUUUAUGCCUUUCGGCGUUUCCGGAAUGAUGGAAGGAGCAGCUCAGUGUUUUUACGGUUUUGUUGGCUUCGACGCUGUUGCAACAACCGGUGAGGAGGCGAAAAACCCUCAGAGAAACAUCCCAUUAGCUAUAGUCAUCUCCCUCCUCGUCAUUUUUUUGGCCUACUUUGGCAUUUCGACAGUUUUGACCAUGAUGUGGCCCUAUUACGACCAGGACCCCACAGCUCCAUUCCCAUACGUUUUUGACCAAUUGGGUUGGCCGGUGAUCAAAUGGAUUGUGACAAUAGGUGCUGUCAUUGCCUUGUGUACAAGUCUCCUUGGAGCAUUGUUCCCGCUUCCUAGAAUCAUCUACGCUAUGUCAAAUGACGGCUUGAUUUUCAAAUUUUUGGCAAAGAUUCAUCCCAAGACCAAAACUCCAGUCAUUGCGACGAUAUUAUCAGGGAUUCUGGUGGGUGCAAUGGCCAUACUUUUCGACACUGAUCAGCUGAUUAGCAUGAUGUCGAUUGGGACUCUUCUGGCCUAUACUAUCGUAGCUGUUUGUGUGUUAAUACUAAGGUACCAACCGACAGAACCUCAAUAUCCUAACCUUGAAAUCAAGCAAAAUCUUGAAGACAGUUACGAGUAUACCUUGUUGGGCAUGUUUAAACAACUUUUCAAUUUGAACAUGACGAAAUACGCCAGUUCAUCGUCAACCAAAAUCACCAAUUGGAGCAUAAUCCUGUUUGCUGUUUUCGCAGCCGCCUUUGAUGCCAUCAUCAUUUACGCCAUCGAUGUUCUCAAUAAACCCUACUACAUGACACUUUUUAUCAUUGUUACUUUAGUUAUGUUGACUCUAGUGGUUGUUAUUGCCAGACAACCUGUAGACGAAGUGAAAAUUUCGUUCAAAGUUCCUUGGGUACCCUUUGUUCCGUGUUUAAGCAUCAUCAUAAAUCUUUAUCUUAUGUUAGAGUUGGAUAAAGACACUUGGAUUCGGUUUGGAGUUUGGCUAUUUAUUGGUUUUCUCAUAUAUUUCUUCUACGGUAUUAAAAAUAGUGAGGAAAGAAAACUCAGGAAAAAUCAAAAGUUGAAAGCAGAAUCGGGGGAGACAAAUAAGCAAAUUACUAAAUUUUAAGAAAAAUCAACAAAUUGCUGUUUUUGUGAUACAUUUGUUUUAAUUUAUGUAACUUUGUACAGUGCCUAUUUAUUACUACAGUUACUACUCAUCAUCGUUGUCGAUUUUUAUACAGAAAGAAAACAAAGCUUUAAAAAUAAAUUCUAAGAGAAACA